CACUUCAGGAGACUGCUGGAGUAUGGGGAGGGAAUGAGUUUAUAGGCAUAUCGCUGAAUGCCUUUCCUGGAGUGGGGGACAAUUCAGGGAGAUUUUAAGGAGCCCCACUGGAUAUAGAGGCACCUGGCCUGCCACUGUGACAGUCCUCUUUGGCGAUGCUCUAGCGUCCUUGCAGGUGUACGCCAGCUCCCUUCUGGGGGGCCGGCCUGGGGGCUACCAUGGCCCCCAACCACCUGUCAGUGCGGGAAAUGAGGGAAGAUGAGAAGCCCCUGGUGCUGGAGAUGCUGAAGGCUGGUGUAAAAGACACGGAAAACCGUGUGGCCCUCCACGCUCUGACACGUCCUCCAGCCCUUCUCCUCCUGGCUGCAGCAAGCAGCGGACUGCGCUUCAUCCUGGCCUCCUUCGCCCUCGCCCUCCUGCUGCCCGUGUUUCUGGCUGUAGCCGCUGUGAAGCUGGGUCUGCGAGCCCGAUGGGGCUCUCUGCCUCCACCAGGCGGCCUGGGAGGGCCCUGGGUGGCUGUCCGUGGUUCCGGCGAUGUGUGUGGAGUCCUGGCUCUGGCCCCUGGUGCCAACUUGGGGGACGGAGCCCGAGUCACCCGCCUCUCUGUCUCUCGAUGGCACCGUCGCAGAGGCGUGGGCAGGAGGCUGCUGGCCUUUGCCGAGGCCCGAGCCCGAGCAUGGGCUGGGAGUAUGGGGGAGCCCCAGGCCCGGCUCGUGGUCCCAGUGGCCGUGGCCGCUUGGGGAGUGGCAGGGUUAUUGGAGGCCUGUGGCUACCAGGCAGAGGGAGGCUGGGGCUGCAUGGGCUAUAUGCUGGUUAGGGAAUUCAGAAAAGACCUGUGAUUAGAGACCAUGCCCACUGGGUAGAUGGGCAGAGAACCAGUACCUAAAGAACAUCUACUGUGUGCCAGGCACUUUACACCCCCUCCCUCAGUGUCUACCUAGUCUGCUGGGCUGAUAGUGAGGCAUCGAGGUUGAUGGACUUACAUGCCCACAGUGAACCUGCCAGAUGCAAUGGGGACUCUAAACUCAAGUAGAACCAAUCCCUUCUUGGUCUUGUGGGACCACUAGAGGUCACCCUAUCCACUCCUUGUCCCCACCCCCACCCUCCAGUCUGUAUGCACUGAAAAACUUUUGGUUCUGGGUCUACAAAGCCCCUGCUGCAUGUGUUUGAGAUCUGGAAGGGAGAGUUGGGAAGAGAGAGAGAAAGACUCUAAGAGUUAGAGUCUGUGACAGGGAAUUCCCAAAGGGGACAGAUCUUCUGGGAGUGGGUGGGGCUGGGAGCACAGUGUCUCCAAGCCCAUCUGGUUUUUUACACUGUUUGUUAAUAAACCCUGAAACUUCUGUG